GUGGACAGACUCGUUGUCGCCAACAGCAAGCACCUCAUGGACUUGAAUGCAGAUGAAGACAGCGACGUUGUGAGCUCCCUUGGACACACUUCAGCCAAGGCAAGCAAAGCUAGUCACCGACGCGUGUGGUCGGUAGGCGUCGGUGGCGCAGUGGAGCUGAACAAGCUGAAAAAGGAGCAAGAGGUGAAAAUCUUGCACAGCGAGCUGGAAAAGCAAAGCAGAGCGCUCGAGGAGUCGCAGGAAGAAACGCAGCUCGCGGCCCGUAUCGGCCAGUCGUUACUGCUUCAAAAACAGCAAUUGGACUAUGAAAUGGAAGACAAAGUGUCCGCGCUCACCCAGCGUUGCGGCGACGCUACCUCCCAAGUCCAGGAACUCGACGCAAAGUACAAAUCGGCGACAGUGCAAUGCCGUCAGCUAGAUCAACUUCGAGUGCAGCACGAGUUGCAAAUCGAGGACUUGACCGAUAAGCACGUUGCCACCACGUCCGCACUCAAGACACUUAAAGAUGAGCUCGUGCAUGCUCGGGCCAAAACGAUUGAAGCGAGUGCCCAGAACACUCACUUGAUGACUGAGGUCGAAGAGCUCAAGAAACGAGUGGUGGACCUCAAACAAGUCAACGGCAAACUCAACGCCGACUUGGGCAAAGUGAACUUGCACUUGGGCGAGCUUGGCGAUUCCAAUCGCGAGUUGGAAUUGCAGGUCUCGGAGCUGACCGAACGACUGCAAAGUGCCGUUGUCGACGCCGACAAGUUCGUUGCGUUGCAGGCCGAACAUGGGACAACCGUUAAGGCUUGGAAGGAAGCGGUAUGAGAUACAGUAAAUUGGC